GCCCUCACCAGCCCACAGUCAUUUUCCGGUCUAACCUUCUCUCUUCCCUUUCUGCUGCUUUCCAAUUUCACCUCAUUUUUUUUUUUGGUCUCAACACUCUUCACAGAAUAAAUAAAUCAGCUUCUCUACUGAAAAAAUCCGAUUCACCCAAAAUCCCCAAUUCAACGAAUUUGAAGAUAUCAAUCUAUCAAUUUGUUUCUUUACAUUUGAUGCAAUAUACCUGGGAAGAGAUUCUUGGCGACAAAGUAUCAGCCCCUUCUUCUACCCAUCUUCUCUAGGCAAGGAUGGGGAAGAAGGUGAAGAAGAAGCCAAAAACCGGUCAGAAAGAGAAACGGGGUCCGUCUGUUUCUCAAGAAACAGUUUCCAAAACCCCCGACGAUGCCGUUACUGCUGUUAAAGAUAGAGGAAUAUGCUCCCACAUAGAUCGGGGAAUCAAUUUGGACAAACUCUCUGCCAAGCUCCGUUAUUCGGAAUCUUUCAAGUGCGAAGACUGUCGUGGAAAUUCCGACGAUGCACGGGCGAGGAAAGGCAAAGGCAAACAAAGUGGAGGCGGAAAAGGCGCAAGAUCGGAGUCGAAAGCAGUAUGGAUUUGUUUGGAGUGCGGGCAUUUCUCUUGCGGAGGUGUUGGGCUACCGACCACGCCUCAGAGCCACGCUAUUCGCCACGCGAAACAGCAGCAUCAUUGGCUAGUUGUCCAUUGCGAAAACCACCAACUAAUUUGGUGUUUUUCGUGCGAUAAACUAAUCAAUUCGGAUAAAUCGUCCGAAGAUAGCAAUCAUAAGCGAGUCUUGAGCGAGGUCGUAAAAAGGCUGAAAAAGAAACCGGGCGAAGAACCAUCUGUAAAAAAUGUCGAAGAUAUUUGGUUUGGAGGCGGAAGUAAUAACGAGACAAACGCCACAAACUCUGAGUGUUCGGCAAUUAGUGUUGCUUGUGAAAGAGUUGGCUAUUCAGUGAGAGGGUUAUCGAAUUUGGGGAACACGUGUUUCUUCAACUCAACCAUGCAGAAUCUACUAUCGAUAAACAGUUUACGCGACUAUUUCUUCAGAACCGAAACCGAGUCAAUCGGCCCACUAACUUCUGCUCUAAGGAAGCUCUUCAUCGAAACCAACACCGGGUCCAACUUCAAAACUGUGAUUAACCCUCGAGCCUUAUUUGGCAUUCUCUGCACAAAGGCUCCACAGUUCAAGGGCUCUUUGCAGCAAGAUAGUCACGAGCUGCUCAGGUGUUUGCUCGAUAAUUUGUCCGGUGAAGAACUGAGCUCAAGAAAGAAGAAGCAAACCGAGUCUUUGGUGGGUCCCACAUUCGUGGACACAAUCUUCGGUGGGCAGCUUUCUAGUACUGUCACUUGUUUGGAAUGCGGUCACGCUUCGACUAAUUACGAACCGUUUCUUGAUCUUUCUUUACCUGUUCCUACCAAGAGGCCUCCUAUAGCUAAAAGGAACCAGCCCGUUGUUCGAAGUAAGAAAUCAAAAUUGCCUACGAAAAAAAGUUCGAGAAAUCUUGCGAAGAUUAGAAGAGAUGCGACUAUUUUACCACCUCAAGAAUGUGUUUCUGACCAAACAAUAGCACAACCGGUGGCAGAGGAAUUCGACACAGAUAUAGCUCUCGAUAUGGGUUUAACAGCUGAUGAUCUUUCGGCUAUUCAAAAGCCGAAUAACGAGCAAGCGGUUGAGAUUGAAGGAGAGCCGUUGAUUUCUCCCUUGGAUAGUUUUGCAUGGUUGGAUUAUCUUGAUGAAAAUCCAGUCGAUGUAGCCUCAGAAACCGAUGAAACUUCGGCUGUUGAGAAUGCUGUCUCUUUGGUAAACGGCGUUUCAGUAGCGGAGCAAGAAAAUGCCUUUCCCCAUUCCGAGGGCAAUAAUGUAAAUUCACAAUCAAACGAGGGAAUCCCACCUGAAGUUUCUGUUUCCAUGGAAAUUGUUGUAUUUGAUGGCGAGGCAGCUCGUUGUUCCGAUUCUUCCAGUCAAGUUUGUUCGAAAGAUUCAAAUACUGCGCAGAUUAACAAUUCGGAAGUUAAUUCGCUUUCCAAUGAACUAGUACUUGAUGAACAAGAUUCCUUAGAUUUUGUUGGAUUCGGAGAUUUAUUCAGUGAACCGGAAGUUCCCGUUUCGGAGGCAAGUGAUAUUACGAAAAACGGAGUUGUUGUAAAUAACAGCAGCGAAUCCGAUCCAGACCAGGUCGAUAGUAAUGCCGACGCACCGGUAUCCGUGGAGAGCUGUUUGGCCCUUUUUAUGAAACCUGAGCUUCUUUCGAAAGACGAACACGCUUGGCAGUGCGAAAAGUGUUCGAAGGCUCUGCGAGAAGAAAGACGUAGGUUAAUGAGGAAAUCUCGAAAUGGUAGUGGGGAUAGUAAUACUGGUAUUGAAAUUAGCACGGAAUCGGAGGUGAAUGCAAUCGAUAUCCAGUCAGAAAAUGGUUGUGUGGCUGGUAAUAAUGAAUGUGAGGCUGAUAAAGAACGCGAAUCCGAAGGUAGUGAGCAAGAUGACGAGGCGGAUUCGGAGAAUUUGAAAGUGAAGAGGGACGCGACUAAGAGUACACUUAUCAAUAAGGCCCCUUCGAUACUGACGAUCCACCUUAAGAGGUUCAUACAAGAUGCUCGAGGGCGUCUUAAUAAAUUGAAUGGGCAUGUGAAUUUUGGGGAGAUAGUCGAUCUCAAACCGUACAUGGAUCCCAGGUGCAGUGAGAGAGAGAGGUAUACGUACCGUUUAGUGGGAGUGGUGGAGCAUCAAGGAACGAUGAGAGGUGGGCAUUACGUCGCGUAUGUGAGAGGUAUUAAAGAUAAUAACGGAGAUUGCGUUUGGUAUCACACAAGUGAUUCUUUUGUUGGUGAGGUUUCUUUCGAAGACGUUUUGCGCUCCGAAGGCUAUAUUUUGUUCUAUGAAGAAAUUUGAGAAUCAUCAUUUUUUUUUUUCAUUUGAUUUUCUUCUCACAUUGAGAGAAAGAGAGAGAGAGAGUUAGAGAGAGAGAGAGAGAGAGAAAGAGGACUACCGUGUUGCUGUGUUGAACGAACGAACAAUCGUCGGUCAAUAGUCCUUGUGCAAUUUUUGAGGUGUAAUGAGUUCAAAAUGUGUAAUUUUUCACAGGUUAUAUAUUUAUUUAUAUAUAUAUAUUGUUAGCCUUGUGAAACUCAUGAAAAUAUCCAAUUUUUUUGUUGUUGAAAUGAGACUAAGUGUUCGAUUUU